GAACUGCCGAUGACAACACUACUACCUAACUGUUAAUUAACAGCCGUCAACAUAAACUAACAAACCCCCAUUGCCUUAAAAACUGCUAAAACACGUUAAAGAUUGUUUCUUUUUGGGAUUUUCUGCUUGUUUUCUUGAAGAAAAGUGAAAAAAGGGGUUCUAUGGGUGUUCAAGAUUAUAGCUUUUUGAGGGAUGUUCAUGUGGAAUUCAAAGAUUUUGAAGUUACUAAUAGGUUAUCUUUGUGUUUCUGGUUUUACUUGAAUGAUGCAUCAGCUUUACCCUCUACAAUCCUUCAUCAGGAGCAUCCAGAUGUCACAUCCCAUGCUCCUUUCCUGUUACUUGAUGAGAAGAAGAAAAUUUUACUUUUCCCUUCACUAAUUUCAAACUGUUCAAAUGUUACUUCCUGGAGAGAAGUUGCACAUGCAACUUCUGAAUGUGCUUUUCCUACGAAGAAAUGGGUUCAUGUUGGAUGUGAGGUCACACAAGAUCUUUUGCACCUCUACUUUGAUGGGAAAAUUGUUGGCGAGAAGUCUUUGGCUUCCUCACUCACUAACGAUACGGGACCAGUCAAUUCUAGAAUAUCUUUAACUUGCAUUAGUGGAAAGGAUUCUCAGCUGGAUGGUUAUGUGCACAAUCCAGAGCUCUUUCCUGUAGUAUCAACUAUCAAAAAUCACUAUGUCAAGGACCCUCCAGUACAACUAUCUAUUGAUAAUUCAAGCGCCUAUGAAAUUGAAGAAGACAGUGAUGGUGUUUGGAGCAUUGUUGGUGGAAAGGCCUCCUGUCGGAGAAACUUUUCUUUAGAUGUAACACUGAUGGAUAACUUUAGCCGUCCCGUGACUGAAGAAGCGGAGGUUAUUGCUUCGCUUGUGUAUUCCGAUAAUGAAACACCGGUUGAGAAGCCAGUUGAUGCUGAUGCACCCCUUCUUACAAGUUAUGAUGGAAUUGAAUAUGCUUCUUCCGAUAGACCAAACAGAAUAAUCAGUGGACGUGCUUCAUUUAAGCUCAAGAUAUCUCAGCUUUCAUCCAAGUGCGAUAACAGGCUUUUUCGUAUUAGGUUUGAAAUUCCAAAAAUGGGUAAAUAUCCUUUCUUCGAGGUACUUUCCAGACCAAUUCGGUGUAUUUCUCGCAUUCGCAGCACCCGGGCAACCUCUCUAAUGUUGAGGAAAUCAUCUUUAGGGAUCCAUUUACUGAAUGGAUCUCAAUCUCCUGUGUUGGAGGAUGGAUCUUCUGACCUGCCCUGUAUUGUACAUGAAGCAAAAUUAAGUCCAUCAUCAAAGCGGGUCAAAUUAGGACAAGAGAAACUAUGUGCAAAUUUUAAGGAUGUUCAGCAACCAAAUGGUGGAUCAAGAUCUCAUUCCUGGACCUCUGAGGAUAACUAUGCAUAUCAGAAUUCUUUGGUGGCAAGACCAGUAAGCCAGGAUGGGGCAGAAAAUUUCUCUUCUGAUUCAGAGGACAGUGAAGCAACAAACUCGGCCAUUGAUGACUUGCCAAAUGACAGUGGCCCAAUCUCUGAUCUGGUUGUUUUUAAAUACUGCCUCGCUGAUCUGAACGAGAGGCGUCUUCUUCUCAAGGAAAUGACAAUGACUGCUAAAGAAGAACUUGCAACCUUUGCCGAGAGAGUCUCUUUAUUCUCUGGAUGUUCACACCACAGGUUUCAAAUAUCAAUUUCAAAGAGGCUAAUAGAAGAGGGAAUCAAAUGUUGGAACUUAAUAUCCAACAACCACCACCAUGUCCUUUGGGAGAAUUUGGUGUCUGGGCUUCAAGAGCAUUUUCUGAAGAUGACAUUUGGCCGUACCAGAUCCCUAACUCUUCAGGAUUUCAACCUCCUGAGGAGAGUCUCUGGUUGUCAAGAUCUAGUAUCUCAAGACAACUUCGAAAAGUUGUGGUGUUGGCUGUACCCAGUAGCUUUUACAGUGUCUCAGAAAUGUAUUUCUUCAUUGUGGGGUUCAACAUCACCCAUGUGGAUCGAAGGGUUCAUUACUAAGGAAGAAGCAGAGUCUUCAUUACGAAAUCUGGUAGCUCUUCAAGAACCAGGUACUUUUAUACUGCGGUUUCCUACAUCGAGGAGCUGGCCCCACCCUGACGCUGGUAAUUUGGUCAUCACUUAUGUUGGAAAUGACUAUACCAUUCACCACAGGCUUUUGUCCCACGAGUUCAUUUACAGUUCUGGGGCCAAGGGAACAGCGAUAAAGUCAAUGCAAGACAUGCUUCUUGAGCAGCCUGAGCUGAGGCGACUCGGAAGGGUUGUGAGAAGCCAGUAGAUCAGUCAAGAUUUAUACUUGUAUAGCCAUGUCAAAGAGAUGAAUGGACCUGUGUUACUAGCUAGCUAGGAAAAAAGAGAGCAAGUGUUCAAAGGAGGAGGAGAAACUAGGGGGUGGGGAUGGGUUUUUGUACUUUGUAUAUAUGAAUGUCUGAGCAAAUUUGUUAUUGUAAAUGCUGUGAUACAUCUUAUAAACUGUGACAGUUGCUGCAAACUUCCUCCUGUUUGGCUGAAAAUCUCCUAGUAGAGAACGCGUUUCAUGUGCAA